AUGACUGAGGUAGCCAUGCCUGCGGGACGCCUUCACAGGCACACUGGCAGUAUCAGUCAGAUUGAGACUGGAGCUCUGCUGAGGAGCGCGCCAACCAUUGAAAUGAUGCCAAACCCGGACUUUUCAUUUCCAGCUCUACCUGCACCUGGCACGGCCUCGAAUCCACGGAAUGCCCCUCCACGGCACCGACGGCCACAGUCCAUGCACGGCGGUCUACAAGCUCCUCAACCGACCUCCCUCGCUCACCGGAGGAACAUGUCGGCUGCUCCUGCCGCCUUGCCCACCUUCACGUUCAAUGCUGAAGACGUCACUGGCCGGAAAGACGCGUCCACUCCGCCCUUGACUCCAGAAGAGUUGGCACCACAUACACCUAGCUCAUCACAUCGGCAUAAGCGUGGCGGUAGUGAGUUUGUGGGAGGUGACUCUAGGCUUGGCGUUGCGAUCAGCUCCAGCCCAACAAAGUCCAGCGCACCUCCACUACCGCUACCACUUGCUCCACCCACCACCAAACGCCACAUGCACAGGCGCUCGGGAGCUAACAGCCAUCACGAUCUCAGCGCGAUCAUGCACCCACCAGUCGUAUCCGAGGAGCCUAGGAAGAGCUCAAGCUUGCCGACGACACCUAUUGGCCAUGACGAGACUGCACCGCCAUUCGAGUCUCCUGCGCCUGUCCUACCCGCGGAGACGGAUGCUGCUGAUACCUUUGGGCCACCAAGCGACUCCAGCGACUCGAGACCCGUGUCUCGACCACGAGUUGGCUUCUCCGAUAAUGUCGAGUUCAUACCUCGGCCGCUUUCUACUAUAUCCUCGGAAACAGAAAGCUCUUUAUCGACGACGCGAGGACACUCUGUCAACAACAGUAUCUCCUCUGUGCUUAGUUUGAGUGCGCCAAGCCCACCACCGAAACGACAUCCCAUGACGCCGCUCAGCACGACCUUUGAAGAUGACAACCAACCACGGGCUAGGUCGUCUGUCGAGAUCAGCAAGCGGAUCGAGAAGGAAGGCGAGUGGCUGACAAGCGGGUCAAGUCAAAGCCUGAAACGACCACUUUCGGAGCCAAGACUGUCGUUCGCCGCCACCGAACAGCCAACCAAGCAGCGAGAGGUGCACAACAAAAAGCACUCGUUCUCUCAUGCUCUUGGCUUCGACCGCCGGAAGAGUGAACCAGCAAUUGCCAUGAAGCUGGAUCCAGCCUCUCGUGUCUCCAGUGUCUCGCUGCACGACCCGUCUACCUCCGUCACAAUGUCCAAUUCGGAAAACUUCGAUGCACCCGGCCUGGACCGCCGCCCCUCGACCAAGAGAAUUCGCAGCUGGGCAUUCUCGAAGCUUUCCAAGAAGGGCAAGGAUAAAGCUCCUUCAGUCAAGCGCUCUUCGAUACCAGUGCGGCCGAUGAGUUCUCCUGACCUCUCCGUUCCUGGCAGAGUACCUAUUUCGGAGGCUCCUGCUGCAGAGACUGAUCUCGACGCUGUGUUGGGUGGUGACAUGCAGUCCGAAAGUGUUGACACGACUCCACAGCCGCGGAUGGGAAUGGGCUCGACUCAAUCAGACUUUCGGUCUAACGUAUUCUUCGACGAAGCAGAUAGCGAAAACGCAGUCGUAGAUCUGGAUGCCGCUCUUGGUCCAAUGAUGACACCGCCACUCGGAUCUCAGAAACCUCGCAGAGAACUCCACAGCAGUCGUGGAACCAAGGACUUUAGUGGUCUUGGCAUGCACUACCAUCGCCGUGCUGAAAGUGCCCCCGAAUUGCCACCGUUUUCUCGCGGAAGCGUGAUCUCGACACAUUCGCUGCAGGAUGUGUUCGAGGACGAAGCCGAGGAGGAAACGGAUGAUGAGCGACCUGUGAGCUCUGAAUCCUCGAAAUUCGAGUCUUUCGGUACGGGCGUGCAUGUGGUGGACACUGCUGAGCACGCUUCCGAAACCGGAUUCUCUGAAAAUGGCUUGCGCAUCAGGUCAGGCGAAUGGGAGCUCGAGAGGCCGACAACUUCAUACGGUCAUGUUGGUUCCCGACUUUCCACACCUGGUGGCGACAGGCGACCUUCAUCGAUUGUGGCCGAGACCAUCUUCGAGGAGACCAGCCCGGUUGAGCCAGUCCAAGCCGUGGAGAUCGUGCCCGCUGAAGAUGAGCCGAGGGCGUCGUCGUUGACAAAGUCGUCAGACUCGAGUGAGACGCCUACGGUGAUGGCCCCGCAGGCAGCUUCACUCCUAGUCCCUGACGGUGUUCACUCCCUCAUGACACCCGAUACUUACCAGACGUCGACCUUCUCCUCACCGGACUUCACACGCCGACAAGGCUCUUUCGAUAAUUCACGAGUCGGCACAGCAGCUUCUUCGAUCACGGACAAUCGGACCAUAAGCUCGUGCGCGGGCGACAACCCGAAUCGAGUGUCGGUCGAUGAUGUCCCAUCUCUAACCAGCAGCCGCUCCACGAUGAUGAGCACGAUGCAUCCGAACAGCUCGCAUCGCGAGUUCAACAUGGAGAAUGCCCCGCCGCUUCCUGCCGAAGGCCUGAGUGCUGUUGUCGCGGCCGAGCGCAGACGGAAACGUGCCAGUAUCCAAAGCCUAUCCCAGCUCGUGGGCAACUCCUUCAGCGGUAAAACUAAAGCCGUGGAUGAUCCGAGACCCCAGACUGCUGUUGUCUCAAUGAACGGCAAUGCACCUAAGAAGGAACACCGACUGAAGAAGCUCAUGUUCUGGCGAUCGAAGAGCAAGCAGUCUUUGAACUCUAUCAGCUGA